AUGAAGGUUCUCUUCUGGAAUAUCCGUGGCAUUGGUAACGAUGACUCUCGGACGGAGCUCUCUAACAUCUGUCGGUUGCAUCACCCGGAUUUGGUUUGCAUUGCGGAGCCCAUGGUGACUUUUAAUUCUAUUUCAGCUGCUUAUUGGGAUUCUUUAAAUUUAUCUGCUCUUACUUUUAACUCUAGAGGAACUCUUGCCCCCAACCUUUGGUUACUAACAUCUUCGGCUUGUGCAGACCCUUUAGUUAUUUCUAUAUCUGAUCAACAGGUUACGGUUCGCUGUACUUUUGAUCAUAUCCCAAGCCAGUUCACAUUUGUUUAUGCAAGCACCUCAUCUAUCAAAAGAAGAGACUUGUGGGCUGACUUUAUCUCUCUGCGCCCACAAACACAAGUUCCAUGGAUGGCUAUUGGCGAUUUCAACGCUAUCCUGGGUGCCCACGAGCAGAUGGGAGGAGGCAGACCGUCCCAAGCUUCAUGUGCUGAGUUUAGUAACAUGUCUGACACUUGUAACUUUACCCACUUGAACACAUCUGGGGCAGCCUUUACAUGGUCUCUAAUGGCUGGAGGUCUCGUGGUCGCACUGAACGAAGAGUUUUGCGCAAUGGUCAUCGUCCUUUCCGUUUUCAAUCAAUGUGGGUUCAACAUCCAUCUUUUCGAGAAACUAGUGGCUAAUGCUCGGCAUAAUCUUUCUAUGAUUCAACAAAGAAUUUCAAUUGAGGGUAUAAAUAAUGAUCUUUUCGAGGAGGAGAUUGUCGCCAAGACUACAGUAAUGGAGUCUCUUCAAAUGCAAGAGGCAUUUUGGAAAGAUAGAGCUCGUGUUAAGUGGUUAACUAAAGGGGAUAGAAAUUCUUCUUUCUUUCAUGCUUAUGCUCGUAUUAAAUCAUCCAGCUCUCAUAUCAGUUGUAUUCUUGAUGGAAAUAAUCUUCUUACCGACCCGCUGGCUAUUGAGAACCAUAUUGUUAAUUUCUAUCAGACUGUGUUCGGCUCUUCUUUCAACCCUUCAGACUCUGAAAAUGAUCUCUUAUCUGCAUUACCUACUGAUGAGGAAAUUAAGGAGGCAGUUUUCUCAUUAAGUGCUUCCAGUGCGCCAGGGCCAGAUGGUUUUCCAGGUUUUUUCUAUCAUCACUGUUGGGAUAUUGUCAGCUUUGAUGUCAUUCAAUUUGUGAAGCAAUUCUUUCAAUCAAAUUGGCUGUACCCCAAUACAAAUAGUAACUUCUUAGUUUUGAUACCGAAGGUGGAAGACGCUAUUUCCAUGACUCAUUUUAGACCUAUUGCUUUGGCAAACUUUCUCUUUAAGAUUAUUCCCAAAAUUUUGGCAGUUCGCCUUUCUCAUGUUGUUCAACGCAUUAUUUCUCCACAUCAAGCUGCUUUCAUACCUGGCCGACGUAUCACUGAUUGUAUUUGCCUAGUUUCAGAAUGUUUCAAUGUGCUUGACAAAAAAACUCGUGGUGGCAAUAUGGGAGUCAAAGUUGAUAUAGCUAAGGCUUUUGAUACUUUAGAUUGGUCAUUUCUAUUGCGGGUGCUUACUAACUUUGGGUUCUCCACUUGUUUUAUAGACUGGAUUUCUACCAUCUUACGAUCUGCUAAAUUGUCCAUCCUAAUCAAUGGUUCCCCGCAUGGUUUUUUCUCUUGUUCACGAGGAGUGCGCCAAGGGGAUCCUCUCUCUCCGUUACUUUUCUGUCUAGCUGAGGAGGCUUUAUCAAGGGGCUUGAGUCGUCUUCAACUUGAUGGGCUUACUAAGCCAACUUUUGCUCCAAGAGGUUGUAUCUCUCCUUCUCACGUUCUCUAUGCAGAUGACUUAUUCAUUUUCUGUAGAAGUGAUGGUGUCACCCUGCGUAACUUGCAAGGUUUCUUCGAUAGAUAUAGUAGAGCCUCUGGUCAAUUUAUCAAUAAGGCAAAAAGUACUUUCUACUUGGGCUCUACCUCAAGGCAUCGCAAAGCUGUGGUUGAGAGUUACUUGGGUUUCAAAGAAGGCAAAGCACCUUUUGUCUACCUUGGAGUUCCAAUCUUCUGUGGCAAGCCUAAAAGGAGUCAUCUUCAAGCCUUGGCAGAUAAAGCUAAAGCUAAGUUAACUGGUUGGAAGGGGAAACUUUUAUCUAUGGCAGGAAGAGUUCAACUCACUCAAUCAGUUUUUCAAAGUAUGCUCUUGCAUAGCUUUUCUGUUUAUAAGUGGCCUUCUUCCUUGCUAAGGUCUCUUUCACGAUGUGCUCGCAAUUUUAUAUGGUCUGGUGACGUAACCUCCAAGAAGUUGGUUACCGUUUCUUGGCAUCAGAUAUGUGCUCCGAAGAAUGAAGGUGGUUUGGGUUUGCGUGAUCUUGGCUCUCUUAACACUACAGCUCUCUUAAAGCUUGGAUGGCUUAUUAUUACUACUGAUUCCCCUUGGAGUAUUUAUAUUCGGAAACGUUUCAAGCUACAUGGUCGCCUAUACUCUUGUAGUUAUAUGCGAUCUUCUAUAUGGCCUGGUAUCAAAUCCAUUCUUCAUAUCUUGUUUCAGAAUUGUCGUUGGGUGAUUGGAAAUGGUUCUACUACUUCCCUUUGGGUUGAUAAAUGGCUGGAUAAGCCUAUUGUGGACGUCGUUGGUGCAACAGAGAUUGCCCCUUCUCUAUCUCGUACUAAGGUCUCAAAUAUUAUUCGUAUGGGACAAUGGGUUAUUCCUUCUAUCUUUUCUUCUACUUUCCCAGACCUAACUAAAGAGAUUUUAGAAAUGCCUCUUCCAAUUGAUGAGGAUAAGGACGUUUUAAUUUGGGAAGCUUCUACUUCUGGUGGUUUUUCUUUUUCCGAUGGCUAUGAAAUUUUUGGAAGAUUUCUUUUCAACAAGCUCCCAACGGAGGAUCAACUUCAGCGCCGAGGCAUCCCGCUGGCUCCAAUAUGCCAACUAUGUCACAAGAAUUCUGAAUCUAUUGACCACUUAUUUUCUAGCUGUGACUUUGCACAAUGUGCUUGGCGUUGGCUAGCUACCCAAUUUGGCACUAUUAUUCAACCUAUGGGCUCCCUCUCUGAUCUAUGGCUUGAUUUUCUGUCAAAGCGGUUCUCUCCACAUCUUCGCAAUGUCUGGCUAGCUUCAGGGUUUUUCUUACUCAUGGCUAUUUGGAAGAUGCGUAAUAAAGUGAAGUUUGAAGGCAAACCUCCCUCAUUCUCACGUCUCUGCCACUCCACCUCGGCCUGGAUUAGGCAGGUUGGAGCUCUCACCCCUGGCCAUGUACGAGGCACUUUGGAUCGGCAACUUUUAGUCUCUCUUGGAAUAUCGCCUAACCCCUGUAAAGCUCCUUCUAUUGUCCCUGUUCUUUGGCACCCCCCUCCUUCUUCUUGGGUCAAAGUGAAUACUGAUGGCCUUGCUAAAGGUAAUCCGGGUCCUGCGGCAUGUGGCGGGGUUUUUCGAGAUUCUGCGGGUUAUUUUCUUGGUGGUUUCUCCCUAAGCUUGGGCCAUCGUACUUCUUUCUAUGCGGAGCUCCAUGCUGUCAUCCUUGCUGUCGAAUUGGCCCACGCGCGAGGCUGGCAAAAUUUAUGGCUUGAAAGCGACUCUUCGAGUGUAAUAUCAUGUUUUGCUUCUGGAUCUUUUCUCUCCCCCUUGGUCGCUCCAGACACGCUGGAACAAUUGUACUCUCCUUUUGCAGAACAUGGUUUUUCGUUGCUCUCAUAUUUUUCGAGAAGGGAAUGCUGUUGCUGA